AUGUUAGGGAAGGCAUCCAGUUUCUUGAGGUGGCUUACCGGUGGCUCCCCUUUGGGGAUUUCGGAGUCUUCUCGAGGCUACCCUUCUCGAAACAGAGGUAGAGACGAGAAAAAGCGUUGGCAGCCACAUAAAGAGGGUGUUGGCAGCCACUACUGGCUAUUGGCAGCGCGCAAUGUCCUUGGUUGGCCGUUGACUUCUAAAGCUCCUCAAGCGGCUGCAGAAGCUACGCGCGAGAACAGCAAAGAGGAAUCGCUCUCUCUCACGAAAGCAGUUUUUGUGGGUGAAAAUAGACGCACAACCAUUGUGGACGCCGCUACAGCUCGUGCUGUGACACCACAUCACAUUGAGGUUGCGGCCGAUGCAUCCGGCGAGCAGCCGCACGACGCUCAGGAAGAGUCUGAAAUACAACUCGUUUCGCAAGAAGUACGAGAUAGAAUUGUAAGGGAUGCCAAAAACAUUCUCCCUUUGACUGUAUCCGCGCCCAUCAACAAUGCUGAAGUGUGGCGCCGGGGAAAACCACUUCAUAAACAACUUGAUGUAAUCCAGCUGGCCGAAAGUAAUCCCUGGACGAAAGGGAAAAUUGACAUUUUUUUGGAAAACUACACGUUUACUCGAUCGCGUGCAGCCAGCAGAGUUGGCGUUGCAGCAGGAGAUUUACGAAUGGGGAAUCAGACAUGCGAUUUUAUUGCCAAAGGGAAAGUUUCCAGGAAGCAGAAGCCAGAGGUGUAUCAAGAGUAUACAAAUACAUUGGAGAGACGACAAGGCCAUAAAAUUUUGGAAAAGAAGCAACCACAGGAAUACAUUCCGAAAACGAACUCAGUGCAUGAGCAGACGCCGGAGCCCGCUGAAGUGGGUGGUGUUGUAGUUGCAAAGGAUUUAGUGGACUUGUCGGAGGAAGGUUUGUCGGCUGUGACCUGUGUCUUGUGUAGUAGUCAGUGCGGCAAUGAAGUUCAAACGGUUGGAUCAUCAUCAAUAGGUUUGGCAGUGUGGAUGUACGUUUCUGCUGUAGUCGUUUGUGCGAUUGUUGUUACAGUAAUUUGGGUGCUUGUAUUUCGGAACUCGACUCAAAGCCGACUAGGCGAUGGGGUGCCGUCUAUGAUGCGUUGGCAACUGUUGUGUAGUGAGCUUGUGUGGGAGGCGGCUGAGAGGCGGUUUGCCCUUCUUUUUGAUGCUUUAUCUGCCCGUUUCGAGGUGGUGCGUGCACAGAUGCUUUGCCUCCGCAGCAUUGUUGGGGCGUACUUCCGCAGUUGUGAGAUGCAUUAUGUGGAUCUUGGGAAUAGUAUUGUGGUAUUGGAAGACCUUGAGGGGGACCUGCGCGAGGCUGAGGCGCGCUGUUUGCAACUCACCCGCGGGAUGAAGUGUUCCUCUUUGUUGCAUGAGGUUGUAUUGUCAGAAGGGCAGCAACGCCUGAGCCUGUGUCUGGAAGAACAGAGUUAUGCCAGUCAGAUCUGGGGGCACAUGCUGGCGGUGCUUCAGGGGCAGUUGGAACACUUUAUGAGGUGCAAGCAGGCGAGGGCCGCUGCGCUAGUUGAAGUCACUCCUCAUACAGAUGCUGAAAAGGCUGCUGCUCCCAGCCGCGAGAAUGACCAGAGUAUUGACACGCAGGAUAGCGAUGCGGCAUCAUCUUUGUGUUCUGUUUUUGCCUUUGCUGAGACCUCGGGUAAAGGGCCCAAUGAAAUGAAAGUGGUUAAGUUGGAGGAGUUACUGCGCGACAUGUUGCUUAAGGAAAACCGGGAAAAACAUGCUCUUAUGCUUGAGCUCCAGUUGCUGCGCAGCCGUUUUGUCGAGUGCACAAAAAACCAGGCUUGA